GCCGACGACGACACCGACGCUCUCUGUUCCUCCUCGCACGUCUCUGCGUCCGCCUCGUUCAUUAUCUACGGUCUUUACGCCGGCACCUCAUGCUCGGCUCGACGGUAUACGACACCAUCGCUACGAGCGCCGCGUCUGCCUCUACUUCCACGUCCAAACCUGCAACCACCAGUGGUAGCAGUCGACCACGUCCUCUGAAACUCACCCCGAGUCCGACCUCGGCCACCGCGCCUCGGCCUCUUCAACUCGCGACGAAUGCACGCCCGCCGACUCCGUCCUCUUCGACUGUCGCACCCGGCACCUCCGCCUCCGCCGGCGGCAGCGGAAGCAUCCCCGGCUCGCCGGCCGCGCGCAGCCCGAAACGCACGCCGCAUGCCCCUUCAAGACGACAGUCGUCGAUCGCGUACUUCAGCCCGGACGGCCCGGGCGCGGUGGAGCGCGUGCGGUCGCCCGUGACUCUGGCGGCGGACGGCGGUGGCGGGCUGGGGAGGAGCCAUUCGCUCGGUGGGAGGAGCGGCGCCGCUGGAGAAGGGCGGAUACCCAACGCGCGGGUGCGGCCAAAGUCGACGCUCGGGCUCGAAGGGUUGGACGGCAAGGAGGAGAGGGCGCCGUUGACGCUCGCCGAGAAGCACGCGGAUCUACUGUCGUUCAUCGCGCAGAAGGAGGCACGCUGUAUGGAGCUACGGACCCAGCUCGCGACGCACGAGGCCGAGCUCGCCGAGCUCAAGCGCAAGUGGGAGCGGAUCGUCCACCGCGGUUUCGACCGCGCCUACGCCUCGUCUCCCUCCGCCGGAUCUAACAUAGCCUCAUCUUCCGCUAAUGGCUCAUCCCCGCGGGACAGCCAGCCGAGCGUGGACCUGUCGCUCAACAUGGGCGGACUGAAGGAGGGUGUGCAAGGCGUCGGGCGGAUGCUCGCCGGCCUUGCGGAUCUGUCUGCCGCGUCUCCCAAAAGUCCCGCGUCCGUGCAACCGCGGUCGCCACUGAACCCACACCUGCGCUCGCUGUCUACGGCGGCAAGAUCAUCGCAUGCGUCGACGUCAAGCAUCUCGACGGCAGCGACGAUGACGACGAACUACUCAGCGGGCACGAGGCUGUCACAAGGGUCCAACUCGUCUCUCACAAGCUUCGAGGAACAGCACGAGGACUUACACGAACACGACGAAGAGAAGGAGAAGGAGCAGGGACAGGAACAAGACGACUGGAACUGGGCGGAAGUGGGCGCCACGACGCCAACGUCGGCGCUCGACUCGCGGGCGGCCAAGCUGCAGCGGCGCAAGUCGCGCGACAGGCCGCCGUCCAUCUCGGAUUCGAUCACGACGACGACUCUCCUGGGUUCAUUACCCACUCCCGAUACACCUUCCGCCACCGUGUCUCAGCCGGCGCCCAAGUCGCCACCGCGGAUACGGCGGAGCGCCACCUCACCCUCUCCCGCAUCCCCUUCCUCCGUCGCCCCUGCGUUUGCCACCCUCGGCGCCGCGUUCGAGCAGCCCGUGUCGGCGUGGGUGGGCACCGUCGGACGCACGCUCGAACGGGAAAAGAACCGGAACCUGAAGCGCGCCUCGGUGCUCUUGAGCGACGUGGGCCAGAGCCUUUUCGCCGCGCUGGCGUCUCCCCCCGCGCCGUCGACGACGCCAGGUGGCGAGAAGCUGCGGCGAUCGCCCGCGCCGUCGACGGCGUCGCUCCUGGACGAGGACGACGGGAACUCGUUAGGCGGGGAGGUGAUGACGCCGGACACCACGCUCGGCGUGCUCAACACGAAAGCACCCGUCCUGCUCACGCCUGCUGCUGCGCACACGACGACCACGGCCACUGCGGCGUCAGGCCAGGCCAAAGAUGACCUGGACGAGUGGAAUUGGUAGUUCCGCACGGGCCACGCGGCUACCGAGCCUUGCCCUCCGCCCUCGGCGCCAAUCUGAAACGUCGUCGGGCGCUGUGAAACGCGGGGCCCACCGUUGGUGGUUGCCGGCGUCAUGACCAUCAAGAUCUAUGGCGGGUGGCGCUGUGUCAUAAGAGUCAUAGUUAAAACCUGCUUUUAUACGCUUCCGGAUCCGCUAUUCUUACACCCCACCCCGAUCACGAUCUUUUAGUAUGUAGUAACCCCAAUUGUCCCUUCGCUUUUGGAUGCGAUUCGUUAUCGUUAGUAGUCUCUGGAAGACGGCGCUGACAAUAGGAAGCUUCAGGGUUGUGUACGACGCUAGAUUCGUGCUGAUGACGACUGGACGGAAGGAAUGUUUGCUCUGUCAUUUGCUUCCGCAUGGGGCACCUUCAAUCAACAAGGUCCCCGUGGGCCCUUUUGAACAGCUUUUGGUGGGAACUUUCUGCCGACGCUCGCGCCGUCUCCGCUGCGGGCGCCAUCGCCGGACAGAAAAAAAAAAUGCGUAUCACCAAAUGAUGUUUAGGCGUCGCGGCGCAGGCGAUGAGUUGGGUUCGGCAGGUUUGUAAUUUGGUGAGCAAGAGUCGAAAGCUGAGAUGAGGAUGUGUGGCGCAGCGGCUGGCUUUGCCAGUGCCACCAUCCCUGCAACUCGUCCUUUUGUCCCUCGUGGUGUGGUCCCGACUGCAUUGUCUUCGUCGAUGUGGCACCUCUCGUUGAACCUAUAAGACCUGCUCGUCCACGCUCG